CAUUUAUCUAGUUUUAUCAUGAUAGAAGAGACAAAACAUACUUUAAGCAAUAAAGACAGAAAAAUUAAAGUGAGCUCUCCCAUCAAAGACAGAAGAGAGCCAGAAUAUAAAAAGAUCUCUUUCAAUAAAACAGUAGAUUCUUCAAAAACGAAUACUUCUAAUGGGCAUCAACUUCCAAAAUUGAACCUUAAGAGUAGUAUGAUGAGUCAGAGUAAUGGAUCAAUGGAGUUUUAUGACACAGGGGCACCUUCUACCACUUUCAACGACAACGACAUCUGAAAGAUGCUCAAGUUCAACCGCAAGUACGUUGACAAAAAGCAUCUGAAGCACAAAUAAAAAUCUACUUGAGUCACUGUUCAAAGUCAACUUUGAUUCAGCUCCAGCUGAAGAGUCUGAUGAUGAGACAAGCCCCAUGUUGACGAUGAAGCCACGAAGAAGUCCAUAUGGAAGUCCGAUGCGUGCAAACACCAUUAUCCAAGAAGCUAAGAAUACUUUGAAACAGAGGAACAACUCUUUCAGCCACAUUGCAGACAGUCCAAGCAAGAGAUUCAAAUACGCUUCUCUUCAAGAUUACUCAUCAUUGUCCCCGAAGUAUGAAAUGUCUCCGCAAAUAAGGAGUCUCAGUUAUUCUCAAGAUGAUGGGUAUGGAUUGGGUUUUAAAAGCAUGAAGUCAGUCAAGUACAAUCCUAAAGCUGACAGGACCAUCAGCAUCCGAAAGAAGUUCUCUCAAAAGAAAGCUUCUAUUAAAGCUAUGUCAAACAACAACUCUCUUAACAACAGUCCUGCUAAGAAGAAAAUUGGAGACAGCAAUCAUAGAAAUGAAGUGAUGAUGAAGAACUACAGCAAAAUCAUGAAGGCCUCCAACCCAACUGAGAUAUUCGACAAGAUCAGGAAGAGAAAGAAACACGAAAGAUAUCUCGAAGAAAUGAAUAAUGGAAUUUUUGGCAGGUUUGCAAAGAGAAAUAUACAGAAUCAAGUAAAAUCUCAGCCUGAAGAUUUGAGUGGGUCCAGUCCAAAGUUUAUAUCUCGUACUUUCGGUUUGUUACAAAAUUAG